GAAUCUGCUGUUGGAUUCCACCACAUGGAAUUGAAGCUGCUGGGCCCUGAAGCUUUAUCCAGCAGUUUGAAACCAUUCCACAGCUUUGCUCCUUCACCUCCCACUUGGGACUAAUGCACAGACCUGAACACCUAUUGAGGAAAACCACACAGGACUUCAACCAGCGACUACGGGGAAAAAAGAGUUUUGUUCCACAGUCAUCAGGUCACUAGUUUACUAAGUUCCAGUCACCUUGAGUUUGCUGAAAUGAAGACUCUGCAUCCUACCCUUCUCCUGCUACUGGUCGUGCCUCUGACACAGCCAGCACCACAAACUCAGCCGGACUCACACAUUAACCAUGAGUAUGGAACAGAUAAUUUUGAAGAAACCAAAUUUAGCCAGGACUAUGAAGAUAAAUACCUGCAUGGAAAAAAUACUAAGGCAAAGGAAACUAUGAUAAUUCCUGAUGAGAAAAGUCUUCAGUUACAAAAAGAUGAGGCUGUACCAUCAUUACCCACCAAGAAAGAAAAUGAUGAAAUGCCUACAUGCCUGUUGUGUGUCUGUUUAAGUGGCUCUGUCUACUGUGAAGAAGUUGACAUUGAUGCUGUGCCACCAUUGCCAAAGGAAUCAGCUUAUCUUUAUGCCCGAUUCAACAAAAUUAAAAAGCUGACCGCCAAAGACUUUGCAGAUAUGCCUAACUUAAGAAGACUUGAUUUUACGGGAAAUUUGAUAGAAGACAUAGAAGAUAGUACUUUUUCAAAACUUUCUCUGCUAGAAGAACUUACACUUGCUGAAAACCAACUACUAAGACUUCCAGUUCUUCCUCCGAAGCUUACUUUACUUAAUGCUAAACAUAACAAAAUCAAGAGUAAAGGGAUUAAAGCAAACACAUUCAAAAAACUGAAUAAGCUGUCUUUCCUCUAUCUGGACCAUAAUGAUCUGGAAUCUGUGCCUCCUAAUUUACCAGAAAGUCUACGUGUAAUUCACCUUCAGUUUAACAGCAUAUCUUCAAUUACAGAUGAUACAUUCUGCAAGGCUAAUGACACUCGUUACAUUCGGGACCGUAUUGAAGAGAUUCGCCUGGAGGGCAAUCCAAUUGCUCUGGGAAAGCAUCCAAACAGUUUUAUUUGCUUAAAAAGAUUACCUAUAGGGUCAUACUUUUAAACACCAUCAAUGCAGUUUAUAAUCUAAAGUAGUGUACCUAAUGUCUAAAGGAACAUAAACAGUAGUUUAAUAUUAUCAUUUUAUCUCACUAUGACAGAAUUUUGUUUAAACACAGACGUCCAAAAUUCUUAUAUGUAACUACAAAAAUAAUCCAGACUGAAUCUCUUAGUUUCAAAACAAAAUGAUAUGAAACUAAACAGCAUUAAAAGCUCCUUGUAGUUUACACUAGACUGCCAUCUAAAUAGCAUGCUUUUAUACAAACACUAGUAUGAGAUACGCCAUUCCCAUGACUAAUGAAGUAAGAGAAUUCCAAGAAACUUUCAACUGUUUGUCUUUCUUAACAUUUACUGUAUCUCAAAAGCAUUUAUGGCAGAUGUUCUAAAAAACUGUGAAAAGCCAAGUGUUCCAAGUGACCUUCCAUUGACUUUAUGAUUCAUCGACAUUCUCCAUUAAGCAGCAACUUUCUUUCUGUUAAGGCAGCUAUUCUACUGUGUUUCUCACUUAUCCUGAGAAAAAUGGUAGUCACAUCUAGGCAAAAUUUUCCAGAUAAAGUAAAAUUUUACUCUUUGGUAUAGAACCAGUUUAGAAAAGUUCAGUUGUAUGCUUUGUGGUCACAUAGAUAGUCUUCAGUCAAUUACAUAAAAAAAAUUUGUAAGAAAAAAAUCAAAAUUCUACCCAUUUCUCAAAGAAUAAUAAGAUUCCUUCACUCUAGAGAUCCUCAAAUACGAAUUAAGUGUAAACUUUUCAGAGUAUAGGAAUAAUUUCAUCAAUAAAUUCAUUCAAAUAUAAGAAAUUUAAAAUCUAUUCUGUUGUGCUGUAUGCAGAGCUUCAAUUGUAUACACGUUCAUCCAAACAAACUGAAUAUUUACAAUCCAGUCCAUGAGCACCAUUUCUCAACGGCCAUGAUUUCCAGAUACAUGUAACAGAGAAAACCUAAUCUUCAGUCUAAUAGUGAUAACUGAACAAUGCAGACUAAAGUUCCUAAUUUAAUCUUCAGAGGAAAGCGCAUAGCCCACUAACAAGUAUUAGUCUACAUAUUACUUUGGGGUUGAACACAAAAUUAUCAGUGUUUUAGAAAUAUCCACCUUUAUAUAUAAAAGUACCAAUGUCAUUUCCAUUAUAGUGUACACGUUAGAAUCUGCAUGCUUUUUCUAGAACACUCAAGCAUUUGGUGUUUUGCCCCAAUGCAGACUGACCGCCAUCUCACUCAUUUGUUAUGGCUGACCCCAGAUGAAACUUCAUUAAAGCACCUGGGACCUGUAAGGUCACAACUAUUACUCUAAACUGUUUACUAGUUCAUUCACUUUGAUAAUUUAAUUAUAGUAACUUUAUCCUA